AUGGAAUUUAGACAGCCAGGAAAUAUUAUUGUUCAAAGUAGUUCCGCCGUCAGGACGUUAAGCAAUGUGAAUAGGCUAUCUAUUGAACAACAACAGAUUAAUGAAAGGGCACAGUCGCUAUUACAGCGUAACAGAGAGCGUCGAAAGCUGCUAGUAAAGCAGCAAGGAGGAAGUUUAUACGAUGGAGUACGAGAGCAUCCUUAUAUGAGCUCUCAGGCGGAUAGGUACUUGCCAAAAGAACCGUUACAGCUGAAGCACCAAGAGAUUGUUAAGCGGAGAAGAAGAAGAGUAAACAAUAUAGCCAGUAAAACGCACAAAAAAUAUACCCCCAGUGAGUUGGCGCUCAUCGAAAUAAGAAAGUAUCAGCGAUCCACGGAAUUGUUAAUAUCAAAGAUUCCAUUUGCAAGAUUAGUCAAAGAGGUCACAGAUCAGUUCACCGCGGAAGAACAGCAACUGCGUUGGCAAUCUAUGGCAAUUCUCGCCUUACAAGAGGCUAGCGAAGCUUAUUUGGUUGGACUUAUGGAGCACACGAAUUUAUUAGCAUUGCACGCCAAAAGGAUAACAAUAAUGCGGAAGGACAUGCAAUUAGCAAGGAGGAUCAGGGGCCAGUUUCUUUGA